UGCUCCGGGAGGCGCGGAAUAGGAUGACUGACACCCAACUCACCCCCACCCCCCACCUCGCCUUCUUCGGGAGGAGGGUGGUCUAGGGAAUGGAGUUUUUGAAUACAAUAAAGUGGAUCUGAGGGGCUGACAUCUGAGCUCUUAGAGAAGGCAUUGGGGGUCGGUUUCUAACAAGAUGAUUUUUGAACAAACAUUGGCAUCUCUAGUUCCUCCGCUUCCGGUCCCGGGCUGAAGUUUAGCAGGAGCAUUAGCGAUCAGACGUCCACGGGAGACUGGGAAGCAGUCCUUGGAGUUGAGGUACAUUGAGGAUUUAAGGUCUCCAGCAGUGACCCUGUCAUGAUUUGCUGUGAACCCUGGCAGCUCUUCCAUUCUACUCAAGGAAUCUCAGGUCGUCUUUCAGCUCCUUGGCCAGUGGCCUUGGUGGCACUCUACCCCCGUGGUCAGCCCAGAGCCUCUCCUGCCCAUGCAGUACCCAGCAGCCACUGUUGAGGGCCUCAGUGGCCCGCUGUCUGGGGCUUACACACUCCCCACCUUCAAGUUCCAGCCUCGUCGUGAGAGCAUAGACUGGAGGCGUAUCAGCGCUGUGGACGUGGACCGUGUGGCCCGGGAGCUGGACGUAGCCACUCUGCAAGAGAACAUUGCUGGUGUCACCUUCUGUAACUUGGAUCGAGAGGUGUGCAACCACUGUAGGCAGCCUGUGGACCCCGUGCUGCUCAAGGUGCUGCGCCUGGCACAGCUCAUCAUCGAGUAUCUGCUUCACUGCCAGGAUUGCCUGAGUGCCAGUGUGGCGCAGCUGGAAGCACGGCUGCAGGCCAGCCUGGGCCAGCAGCAGCGUGGCCAGCAGGAGCUGGGGCGCCAGGCCGAUGAGCUCAAGGGUGUUCGGGAGGAAAGCCGGCGCCGGCGAAAGAUGAUCAGCACCCUGCAGCAGCUGCUUCUGCAGACGGGCGCCCACAACUACCACACGUGCCAUUUGUGUGACAAGACAUUCAUGAAUGCCACCUUUCUCCGAAGCCACAUCCAGCGCAGGCAUGCAGGCACGGCAGAAGUCGGAAAGCAGAAGCAGGAGCAGUCACUGGGGGAGGUGCUGGAAGAGCUUCGCGCCAAGCUCCAGUGGACCCAGGGGGAGCUGGAGGCCCAGAGAGAAGCCGAGCGGCAGCGGCAGGUCCAGGAAGUAGAGAUGACUCGUCAGAGGGAAAUAGAAGCUAAAAAAAAGUUUGAUGAAUGGAAAGAAAAAGAACGGAGCAAGCUGUAUGGGGAAAUAGACAAGUUGAAACAAUUAUUUUGGGAUGAAUUUAAAACCGUUGCCAACCAGAACUCCACGCUAGAAGAGAAGCUGAAGGCGCUGCAGUCCUACAGUAUGACCGAGUCCCACCUUGGGUCUCUGCGGGAUGAGGAGUCAGAGGAGCGACUCAAGCAGGCCCAGGAGCUCCAGGCCCUUCGAGAGAAGAUGGAAGUUCAGAAAACAGAAUGGAAGAGAAAAAUGAAGGCACUGCAUGAAGAGCGGGCAGCUGAGAGGAGAGAGAUGCGGGAGGAGAAUGAGAGGCUCCAUGCCACCCUGUCUCAGGACCAGAAGAAGGCAGCUGCCCAGUCGCAACGCCACAUCAAUGCCCUCCGUGCCCAACUUCAAGAACAAGCCAAGCUUAUCGCAUCUCAAGAGGAGACGAUCCAGACAUUGUCCCUCAGGAAGGUGGAGGAAGUCCAAGAGGUGCCAAAGGCCGUGGACACAGAGGAGGACUCUUCUGAGGAAGAGCUGCAGAGCUCCCGUGGUGAGCAGUGGAAGGUGCUGGCAUCUCUGAGGCAAAACCCCACUUGGCUGAAGCAGUUCCGGCCCAUCCUGGAGGACACCCUGGAAGAGAGGCUGGAAGGCCUGGGGAUAAAGAGGAACACAAAGGGAAUUUCGGCCAAGACUCUCCAACAUCUGGAGUCCCUGCUGAGAACCCAAAGGGAGCAGACCGCCCGAAGCUUUCGUGAAUUUCUGAGUCUGAGGGAGAAACUCAAUAAGGAAGUGACCAGCAGAGUGAAGAAGAGAUGGGAGAGUACAGGUGUGGUGUCCCAGCCUGACAGCCAGCCUCCAGUCAAAAGCCAGCAGAUCACACCGGCCACAAGGGAGGCCCGGCCAAAAACCAGGACCCUGAAUGUGGUGCUGCCAUCCAAGCCAGCAGAGCCUUCUACGCCCGCUCUUCAGAGACACAGCAGCCAUGGCCCUGGCCUCACCCAGGUGUCCACCCCCAUUCCACGCCCCAGAGUGCAUGGACCCUCCAGUACCCCUGUUUCCCCUGGGCCUGGGCUGAGCAGCACCCCCCCUUUUAGUUCUGAAGAGGAACCAGAAGAAGACCUUGUGCAACGUGUGUCUCUCCAGCCCCCUAAAGUUCUUCCCAGGUCUGCACCCCAGACGGAGAACAGCUGGGGCUGGUCUGAUUCUGAGACCUCAGAGGAGAGUGUCCAGCCCCCUGGCAAGGGCUCAGGUGGGCUGGCUUCCUCAGGAACACUGGUGCAGUCGAUGGUCAAAAACCUCGAGAAGCAGCUUGAAACGCCAGUAAAGAAGCCCUCUGGAGGGGUCAGUGUGUUCUUAAGGCCCAACGCUGCCCUUCAGAAGUCUUCCACACCUGCAAGGAAGUCUCAGCUUUCUGAGGAUGAGAGUGACUUGGAGAUCUCGUCCUUGGAAGAUCUCUCCCAGGACCUGGACCAGAGAGGAAAGCCAAAGCCCUUGUCACACUCAAAGCUCCCAGAAAAGUUGGAUGCCAGCCCUUGGAGCUCUGGGCGACCCAGGGUUCCUGGCUGGUGAUUCUGCCUAGGGUUGCCAGAGGGCUUAGCCUUGUUGCCUGGCUGGGCUUGCCCCAAUGGAAGAGGCUGUUAGGCCUCCUGCUCCCACCAGCAGCCAAGAAGCCUUUGCCAUGAGCAGAGCAGGAGACAGACAGGACCUCUACCCAUUCUCUCUGUAAGGACUGCUACCUCAGAGGUCUGGGUCCUGCUGCUAUCCCAUAAGGCUGGGUCCUGGAGCAGUGUCUUGUGUAAAUGGGAGAAGGGUUGUAACAGGACCUCCAAGUGUUUCUUCCAUGAUUCCCAUGUCCAGCCCAGACUUAAAGGAGUUGCUGUUUAUAAGUCUUUUGUAAUCUGCAGGUCACCAUGGAGAUGGGUCCUGAGUCAGUUAUCAGUUACCUACUUCAUGCUGGACUCUCUAGCCUUUUGUAAUCUAUAGGUCACCAUGAAGAUGGGUCCUGAGUCAGUUUCUCUACUCUGUGUUUGACUUUCACUACAGAGUUGGGGUGCAGACAGAGGCAGGUGGUGUGAAGUGUUUGCUGCCAGGCCAAACAUCAUAUUCUAGUGCUGGACAUUCAAGUGUUAGGGAGCAUGGGAGAGGCUGCCUGUCCUAAUUUCAUUCCUGUUGCUGUGGUAAAUCACUGUCCAAGAGCAACACAGAGGAGGAAAGGCUUUGAUAGGUUUACAAUUCCAGGUCACAGCCCAUCACUGAGGGAGGCAGAGGCUGGAACCGGAAGGUAGGCCUGCUUGCUAUUACCACGCAGCAUUACCUCUGACCAAGGAAUUCACUUCAGAGCCUAAGAAGCAUAGCAGGAGCCAUGGUGGGUACUGCUUGCUAACCGGCUCACAGCUGUGUAUACUCAGCUUUUUUUAUACAGUUCAGGACCGCCUGCCUAGGGAUGGAACUGCUCACAGUGGGCCGGGUUCCCCUACAUCCAUGACAGUCGGGACAGUUCCUCACAGACAUUGCCCUCAAAGCAUUUACUCCACCGAAGCUCUGCUCUUGGACAGUUCUCAGUUGUGACACAUUGAUAUUUAGAACUAACCAGGAUACCAUUCAACCAAGACCAGGAUGACCUUGGAGAAGUUCCCAGACACCUGGUGGAGCUUGUUCAUGGGCAGGAACAAUUUGGACAAAGCCUCUUGUCCCCAUAGAAUCACAAAUUUAACUUUUGAAACCAGUUCUGACAUUGGGUUUUUAUAUAUAGUUUUUUUUUUUUUUU